AUGGCUACUGCGAAAAAAGUCAAGCUUGAUGUCCGAUCAUUUCAGUCGUCAUGGACAAAUGACUUUGGAUUUAUUCAGCAGAAUGACCGUGCUGUGUGUGCUCUCUGCUGCGAGAAUGUCGUAUGCCGCACAUCAAGUGUUAAAAGACAUUUCGAAACAAAGCACGAAAAGACUUUCAAGGAUAGUGCUGACAAAGCUGAGGCGAUCAAGAAAGCAGUAUCCCGCUAUGGAAAACAGAGUAAUGUGUUUAAAAACUUGAGUGCUAGCAAAAGUAAUGAAACUGAGGCCAGUUACAAACUAGCUCUGUGUAUUGCUAAGCAUGGAAAGCCUUUUACUGAUGGAGAUUUUAUAAAAGCAGCUUUCCUAGAGUGCUCUGAAGUAUUAUUCGAUGGAAUAACAAACAAACACGUGAUUAUCUCAAGGAUAAAAGACAUGCCUAUCUCAGCUAGGACCGUGGAGAGACGUAUUUCUGAAAUGGCUGAUAAUGUAACCCAGCAGCAAACGGUUGCUUUAACAAUUACACCUGUGUUCAGUGUUGCCCUGGACGAAAGCGUGGAUAUAAAUGACAUUCCCCACUUGGCUGUUUUUGCCAGGUAUAGUGACACAGAGGUACACGAGGAACUGUGCUGUCUUGAACCUAUGUAUGGAACCACCAAGGGAGAAGACAUACUGAAGGCAUUCACCGACCAUUUUGAGAACAGAGGGGUAGACAUAGGAAAGAUUUUUGCAAUUACAACGGAUGGUGCUCCUGCUAUGGUAGGGAAAAACAAGGGUUUUACGAAGUUGGUUGAGGAGAAAAUUGGGCACCCCAUUCUGAAAUUGCACUGCAUAAUUCAUCAAGAAAAUUUAUGUGCCAAGAUCUCGAGCUUUGUUCUCAAGAAGGUGAUGACUACUGUCACAAAAAUAGUGAAUUUUGUUGUUGCACACUCUCCUCUUACGCACAGGCAGUUUCAAGCUUUUCUUGAAGAGGUGGACAGUGUGUACAAAGAUAUACCUUUGCAUUGCAGUGUUAGGUGGUUAAGUUGUGGGAAGGUAUUGGAGAGAUUUGUGGGAUGCUUUGAUGAAAUCAAGGUUUUCUUAUCAGAAAAAGGCCAAGACUAUCCUGAGUUGGAAGACGGAGAUUGGAUUGUGAAACUUAUGUUUCUCUCAGACAUCACCAAAAAUCUAAAUGAGUUCAAUCUUCUCCUGCAAGGUGCAGGAAAAACGGUAUUGGGUUUGUACGAUAAUUGGAAAGCAUUUGUUGCAAAGCUUGCAAUCUACUCAACAGAUGUGGAAACCGGCUCUUUCCGUUAUUUCAAAAAUCUGAAAAACUUAUCUUCAAUGCAUCCAGUCAACACUUCUGAUCUACAACUGUACAUGCAAGAAUUAAAGUCAGAAUUCUCAAUCAGGUUUCAAGAUUUUCAACACAUGGACCCAGUGUUUUCAUUUUUAAUCAGACCGGACACCUUUAAAUACAGUGACUUGGACACGACUCUCUUUGAGUGGAUGGAAACUGAGGAAUUAGAAAUGCAGUUAAUCGACUUUCAGGCCUCAACAUUGUGGUCAGCUAAAUUCAAAGAUCUUCGAGAAAUACUGGAAAGCAGUAAAAAUGAUCAUGCAACAUCCAUCUUAAGGUCUUGGGCAUCACUACCUGAUAAAUUCAAUUGUAUGAAGAAAGUAGCUUUUGCACUGCUAUCAGCGUAUGGAUCCACAUAUCAAUGUGAGCAGAUAUUUUCACAAAUGAAGCACAUCCUCAGCCCUCAUCGCAGCAGGCUUACAACGGAUCACUCUGAGGGUUGCGUGAAACUCAAGGUGUCGAAAUAUUCACCUGAAAUUUCAACUUUGGUCAAAGGGAAGCAAGGGCAAGGAUCGCAUUAA